AUGUACCCGAUGCUCCUGCUGCUGGGCCUUGCUGCCCUCCUGGGUGCCUCCCAGGGCCGCACGGAUUGCUACGGCAGUGUAACCAGAAUUAGAACUCCUGGGGCUUCGUGCAAAACUGCAAAGCCAGAGGGUUUAUCCUACUGCGGAGUUAGGGCUUCAGAAAAGAUCGCUGAACGGGACCUAGGAGCUAUGAAUCGAUAUAAAACACUCAUUAAGAGAGUUGGCGAAAAACUGUGCGUCGAACCAGCCCUGAUCGCUGGCAUCAUCUCCCGGGAAUCUCAUGCUGGCAAAGUACUGAAGGAUGGCUGGGGUGACAAUGGAAAUGGAUUUGGUUUAAUGCAGGUUGACAAAAACUCACAUAGACCUGUGGGAAAAUGGAACAGCGAAGCUCAUCUUACCCAGGGCACAAACAUACUUAUCAUGAUGAUAAAGACAAUACAGAGGAAGUUCCCACGCUGGACAAAGGAUCAACAGCUGAAAGGUGGGAUUUCUGCCUACAACGCUGGUACUGGGAACGUCCGAAGCUAUGACAGAAUGGACGUUGGCACCACCCAUGAUGACUACUCCAAUGAUGUGGUUGCACGAGCCCAGUAUUACAAGAAACACGGAUACUAG